AAUGACGACAAUAUAGUGGAAAUGGACGAAGUUUUUGAUGUGUAUAUAACAAACAGUCCGGGCCUGAUUCAAAGCAUCGAUAUUGAUCGUAGCAGAAGAGCCGUAACGAUUAUUGAUGAUGACAUUGCUAUAAUUGGUCCUCCUCCGAUCAUUGAAGGCUAUGAAUCACGUGGUGUUGUAGAGGUUAAUAUUGUUGCUGCCGAAGGGCUCGAUGAUGACUGUCAAGUGGAUUUCCAUGUUAAUCUCAACCUCACUAUCCCUGACGUGUUCAAUGAAAUUCUGGUGUUUCAGCCGUGUGAUAAGAUAGAGUACAGUUUUCAGCUGAAUAUUGAUGACGACAAGGUGGAGGAGAGCAACGAAGAACUAACGAUAAUUUUGGAAAAUAUAGACCACGCAACAAUAUUGUGCUCAAGAGUGGAACUAUUGUAGUCAUGGAUGAUGGAGAUCUUGGUAUUGUGAGUGUGACUGUGGACGACGUGAAAGAGGGACUAAAUACAACAGUGUGUGCUGUGGUAGUUGACCCUAUUCUCGAUUGCCCAGUUGGUUUCCCGUUUAAUGUUUCGUUAGAGCUCCACUACAACGGAGACCCUGAAAAUAAAGUGUUGGUUUUUGCUGAAUGUGACCAAGCCAAAUGUGUGGAUAUUCCAAUACCUGAUGACAAAUCUGUUGAACAGCAGAAUUUUACAUUGAAUGCUGCUCUCAAAGGCAACACUACCAAGCUCAGUCUACUAAAGAAUGAAAUUACAACGCGAGUUCAGGAAAAUGAUAAGGCUUUUGUUGGCUUUGAACAGACGGAGUAUUUCUCAUCAGAGGGAGGAGGAAUGCUAAUAAUCUGGGUGACUGUCAAAUUGAACAAUUCAGACGUCUAUAAAUGCCCUGUUGGCUACGACUUUGAAGUCGAUGUUACAACUCACAGAAUCAGUGCCAUUCCUGGGGAGGAUUUCAAACAUAUCGAGGACAAGUUACUUAUUCCUGCUUGCUCCACGCGUGUACCGCUAAACAUCAGUAUUAUCAAUGAUACCAUUGACGAACCGGAGGAAAUGUUUGGCCUUUCUGUCGACGUUCAAGGGAAGGACGGAAUCUGUAUUCAACAAGGGACUGCCAACAUUACUAUAACUGACAGU